ACGCACAGUUUUGAGCGGAACGCGAUCAUAAAGAUUCCGUCGUCGGCGUCGUUCCAGCCGGUGUCCAUUCUGUCUCCUCCUCUCUCUGGGAACUGCUUCUCCCUCUCUCUCUCUCUCUCUAGAUUCUCGUCUCUUCUGCUCGAUAAUGGCGAAUCCAGUGCCGUCAUCAAAGGGAUGGACGAAGAACAUAUCAUCAAUGGCCUCUGGAGUUUACUUCCCUCUUGAUCAUAUUCCAGAUCCCUCUCUUCAGUUUUAUAGGUCUCAGAAGAACUCAAAGAACUCAAGCUCUGCGUCAGUUAUAAUCAAGGACCAGCGGACGAGAAAUGGAUCAGAAUCAGAAUCAGAGUGCUGUAUCUACAGAGUGCCCGAGAGAUUGCGUAGGCUCAACCCAGAAGCGUAUUCACCUCGUUUCAUCGCCAUUGGACCUCUCCAUCACGGUAAAGAAGAGCUUCAAGCCAUGGAAGAGCAUAAGCUAAGGUAUCUUCAAAGUUUCAUUCCUAGAACAGAUCUAAGCAUAGAGGAACUUGUUGAGACUGUGAGGACAUGGGAAGAAAGGGCUAGGAACUGUUAUGCAGAACCCUUAAAGCUUAGCAGCCACGAUUUCGUAAAGAUGAUGAUUAUAGAUGGAAGUUUCUUGGUUGAACUCAUUUUGAAGUUUCGAUACCCUGAGCUUGUAGGUGAGAGUGAUCGGAUAUAUAAAAAGCCAAGAAUGGUUUAUGAUGUGGUCCGAGAUAUGAUCUUGCUCGAAAAUCAGCUUCCGGGUUUCGUCGUUAAGGCCAUUUUCGGGCUGCUCUCUGUUCACUACCGAGAACGAAUCCACCCCGAGAUCAUUCACCACUUCUUCGGUUUUGUCUUGAGCAUGAACGGGUUUUCUCAGGGGAAGUUCAUUUCAGAGCCAGACCACUUCAUUGAUCUUAUAAGAUCUCGUUGCCUGCCUUCUGUUCCGCAUAGAUCAGAAGCUCAGACAAAGAAGCUGGACACUCCACCAGCAGCAAUAGAGCUUAACAAUGCCGGAGUCAGAUUCAAGCUGGAAAAGACCAGAAGCUAUUCACUUGACAUAAGCUUUGCCAAUGGAGUCAUCACCAUUCCCACCAUUAUAAUCGGUGAUCUUACCGAAACCCUUUACAGAAACAUCAUCGCCUUCGAGCAAUGUCACUACGAGUCUGCGUCUGAUAACUACUUCACCCAAUAUGCCCUCUUGCUGAGUUGCUUCAUGAAAUCCGCCAUGGAUGCUGACUUUCUUGCUCGAUGUGGGAUUCUCGUGAACAGGCUUGGAAACGGAGAAGAUGUCUCGAGGUUGUUCAACAGCAUCUACAAAGAGGUAUUUGUCAGCAGAUUUUACUUUCAGACACUGUCUGAGGAUCUGAAUUCUUACUGCAACAAGCCUUGGAACAAGUGGAAGGCGACACUAAGACGUGACUAUUUCAAGAAUCCAUGGUCGGUAGCUUCUGUUUUGGCGGCUGCUGUCCUUCUCCUUCUUACUUUCACACAGACUGUCUGCUCUAUCUUGGCCUUGUCUUAGAAGAACACAGCAGAGGAGAAGGGGGAAAAAUGGAUUCCAAGGGGUCAAGUCUAAAAUCCUCAGGUAAUAAAUCAAAGAAAAGCUGA